AUGCGGAAUUCGCGAUUUCGCGGAAACAAUUCUGGUUCAUUCCAGAAUAACCGGUGUUCAGUAGCGUUGGAUCGUCUCUUAUCGUAUUUCGUGAGACUCUUAGCAAGUAUCCAGAGAGUUUGGCGUAACUUUGUAUCAAUGGGUUGGGGAAACAUUUACAGAAGACGGAUGAAAGUCUUCUCAGUAGCUAUACUCAUUUACCUCGAUUAUAAGAGUGUCCAGCAAAGAGAGAAGUGGAUGAAGAAGUCCAAAGUUCCUGCUUUGUGGGAGAAAGCUCACGAACGCAAUGCAAAGCGAGUUUUGAAUUUGAUAGUGGAGUUGGAAGGGCUAUGGGUGAAGCUUGGGCAGUAUCUGUCCACUCGUGCUGAUGUUCUUCCUCAGGCUUAUAUAUCUCUUCUCACGCAGCUGCAGGACUCGCUCCCUCCUCGCCCUUUGCAGGAGGUUCGUCGAACCAUUGAAAGAGAGCUGGGGCAUUCCAUGGAUGUUCUGUUCACCGAUUUUGUUGACGAACCUUUAGCAACUGCUUCGAUAGCACAGGUUCAUCGUGCAACUCUAGCUAAUGGCCAGGAUGUGGUUGUUAAAGUUCAGCAUGCUGGCAUUAGAGCGAUUAUUUUGGAGGACUUAAAGAAUGCAAAGUCCAUUGUUGACUGGAUAGCGUGGGCAGAACCACAGUACAAUUUUAACCCCAUGAUAGAUGAAUGGUGCAAAGAAGCUCCAAGAGAACUAGACUUCAAUAUUGAAGCUGAAAAUACUAGAACCGUAUCCAGAAAUCUCGGGUGCAAGAAGACAAAUGAUGAAGUUAAAAGUGACAAUCGGGUUGAUGUCUUAAUUCCAGAUAUAAUUCAGUCGUCUGAAAGUGUACUCAUUCUUGAGUACAUGGAUGGAUUUCGCUUGAAUGAUAUGGAAUCUCUAGAUGCUUUUGGUGUGGAUAAACAAAAGAUUGUGGAAGAGAUCACUCGUGCAUACGCCCAUCAGAUAUAUGUUGAUGGGUUUUUUAAUGGCGACCCUCAUCCAGGAAAUUUUCUUGUUAGUAAGGAACCACCACAUCGUCCUAUUUUGCUUGAUUUUGGGCUUACAAAGAAACUCUCACACCCCUUGAAACAAGCACUAGCCAAGAUGUUUCUAGCAUCGGCAGAGGGAGACCAAGUGGCGCUUUUGUCUGCCUUUGAGGAAAUGGGACUGAAGCUGCGGCUCGAUCUGCCAGAUCAGGCAAUGAGUGUGGCAGGUCUCUUCUUCCGAUCUUCAACUCCAUCAAAUGAAGCUCUGAAAACGCUGAAAACCUUGAACGACCAAAGAGUGCAAAAUAUGAAAGUUAUACAGGAGAAGAUGCAGCUCAGCCCGAAAGAAGUUAAACGCUUCAAUCCAGUAGAUGCAUUUCCUGGUGAUAUUGUUAUUUUUGCGAGGGUCAUUAAUCUACUUAGAGGACUUUCAUCCACCAUGAAUGUUCGGAUCGUUUAUCUGGACAUCAUGAGACCAUUUGCCGAGUCUGUUCUGCUGGGGAGUAUCAGUCGAGGACCAACAGUAGAUGCUCAUUGGAUACAUGACUCGCCAAUCCAUUCUGAUGUAGAGUCCAAACUGAGGAAGCUGCUCGCUGAACUUGGGAGUAUCCAGAAAAUACUUGGAAUUCAGGUAUGUGCAUAUAAAGAUGGGAAAGUCAUUAUUGACACUGCUGCUGGAGUGCUUGGAAGAUAUGAUCCUCGUCCAGUUCAACCCGAUACUUUAUUUCCCGUUUUCUCUGUGACAAAGGGUGUCACUGCGGGAAUGAUACAUUGGCUUGUCGACAAAAGAAAACUCCAGUUCGACCAGACUGUGGGAGAUAUAUGGCCAGGGUUCGGAUUAAAUGGAAAAGAUACCAUAAAGGUCCAUCAUGUGCUUAACCAUACAUCUGGGCUGCACAGUGCCUUUGACCCUGUAGGAGAAAAUCCUCUACUUAUUUGUGACUGGGAUGAAUGUUUGAAACGGAUUGCUAAUUCAUCACCUGAAACAGAGCCUGGCAGUCAGCAAUAUUAUCACUAUCUCACGUUUGGUUGGCUUUGUGGUGGAAUCAUUGAGCAUGCUUCUGGGAAGAAAUUCCAGGAGAUCCUUGAAGAAUCCAUUGUAAAGCCCCUAAAGAUUGAUGGAGAAUUGUACAUUGGUAUCCCCCCAGGUGUUGAAUCUCGGCUUGCCACAUUAACGCUGGACACCGAUGAACUGAGCAAGCUUCCAUCCAUUGCCAGUCAGCCUGAGCUUCCUUCCACAUUUCAGCCUGAGAAGAUCUUACAAAUGGCAACCAGCUUGCCAGUCUUAUUUAACACAUUGAAUGUGCGCAGAGCCAUAAUCCCUGCAGCUAAUGGACAUUGCUCGGCUCGUGCACUUGCACGGUACUAUGCAGCCCUAGCAGAUGGAGGCCUAGUCCCACCUCCACAUUCCUCUUUAUCCCAGCCAUCACUUGGCAGCCACGCCCAUGUUCCGAAAUUCUCAUCGGUAAAUGGCACAACGAAAAAGAGAAAGGGUAAGGAGAUGGGAGGUACAGAAAAACUUAAAUCAAAAGACCUUAAAGAGAAGAGGCUCUAUGAUGAGAAGCGGUUUAUGAGUACUGGUCGCGGUAGAGCGUCAAGUGCAGAAAGUUUAGCCAGGCUAGUCAACGAUACUAGCAGUUCUGCUGGUAAAACUGAGAUUGAGAUCAGUAGCAAUGAUCAUCAAGAUGAUAUUCACAAUAUUUUUAGCAACCCGAGGAUUCAUGAUGCUUUUAUGGGUGCCGGAGAUUACAGUGGCUUGGUACUGCCUGAUGGGAAGUUUGGACUUGGUUUUAAGAGGGUCACUUUACAAGAUGGGUCUCUGGUUGGCUUUGGACAUUCGGGGAUGGGAGGAUCAACAGGGUUCUGUGACAUCGAAAACAGAUUUUCCAUUGCAAUAACAGUCAACAAGAUGUCUCUAGGAGGUGUUACGGCUAAUAUUAUCAGGCUGGUUUGCUCAGAGUUAAAUAUCCCCUUGCCUAAGGACUUCUCCAUCUCAAGUGGUAUGGGUCCAGAUUUGGAAAUGGGUACGCCUCUAAUCAACUGA